AUGGCCGAGGUGCUACUCGCCUAUCUGGUGGGCCAGAAGGGAGCCAAAGUGGUCUUCUGUUCAAAAGCAUCUGAAGCGGAACAGGGGCGAGCAAUUCAGAGGGACUUGCAGGCUUCUGGGUGCCCAGGGGAUGCUUACUUCCAGGUCUGUGAUGUUCGAAAGGAGUCAGACAUUAAGAGGUUGAUUCGGGUCACUGUAGAACGUUAUGGAUGUCUGGACUGUCUGGUGAACAAUACUGGAGAUGAUCAUUUCCAAACAACAGAUGAUGUGACUGCCCAAGAUUUCUGCAACCUCAUGAAACUCAAUGCUGUGAGCUGUUUGUUAGCAUCCAAGUAUUCGCUGCCUUACUUACGGGAAACCAAAGGAAACAUCAUCAGCAUGGGUAGCAUCGCUGGUAUGCUUGGGAAGGAGGAUAGUGCGUCGUAUGUCUCAAGCAAGGGCGCUAUAAUUGCAAUGACCAAAGCCCUGGCCAUCGAUGAGAGCAAAUACGGAGUACGAGUCAACAGCAUCUCACCAGGUUAUAUCUGGACUCCUUUGACGAAAAGGUUCGCAAAUCAGUCACCGAAUCCUGAGGCGACAAUACAGAAAUACACCUAUAGUCAGUUUAUGGGACGUCCUGGGACCCCCGAAGAAGUGGCAUUGGGUGUCCUGUUCCUGGCUGCAGAUGGUACUUUCUGCACUGGUUUGAAUCUUGUCCUCAGCGGCGGAGCUGAACUCGGCUUUGGGAGGAAGAACCAGGUGAAGCCUGAGCCAAGUGGGGGUAGGAACUCACAGGGUUCCUCCAGCAAAGAAUAG